AUGCUCAUAUUUUCUGCUGCUUGCGAUGUGCCGAGUCGUUAUUCGCCCGAUUUCACGACCCCAUGGAAGCACUCUCCAGAUCCCUCUUGUCAUUCGACACUCCAGCCUUAUAUCGUCAAACACAGUCCAGGAAAAGGACUGGGUGCUUUCGCGAGCCGGCACCUUGAACCUGGCGACAUUAUUCUCCAGGAAGCACCCGUCAUGCGGAUUCGACCUCCACCCUUCCAGGACGGCAUCGGCUAUCCUAUGAAGGAGAUGGGCGCAAGUAUACGUGAGGCGUUCGAGAGCUUGCCGAAAGAAGGUCAGGAUGAAGUACUGUCUCUUCACGCAUACACUACGGCUGCCGAAACCGCUUCCCCUGAUGUUGAUGAGCUGGUGCCCAUCUACAGGAGCAAUGCCUAUACAAUCGACAAGGAGAUUGCCCUCUUCCCCAAGAUCGCAAGAAUCAACCACUCCUGCAGGCCGAAUACGAGCUACGUCUGGAUUGCAAGACUCAAUAAGCAGGUUGUGUACGCGACGAGGCGGAUCGAGGAAGGGGAAGAGCUCUCCGUAACCUACAUACCGCUGUUGCGAAAUCGACAGGACCGUCAGAAGAGACUGGAUCAGUAUGGCUUCAAAUGCAGCUGCGAGGUGUGCGCUGCCGAAGAGGACGAGCUUAUUGCGAGCGACCGCCGGAGGGAGGAGAUCCGUCAAGUGUUCAACAACCUGGAGCCCCAUCUGUCCUUGGAACCCGCUGAAAGCACUGCAGCAAGGAAAAUAGCGCACGCAAUGGCUGUAGAAAGCGCAAGGCUCGUCAAGCUUGUUGAAGAGGAGGGACUCUCCGAUUACUAUGAUCGUGCAUAUCGCAUUGCGGCCAUCUGCCAUGCCAGGACAGAGCAAUGGGAACCAGCCGCCCUGUGGGCUCACCAAAGCUACCAACUCAGGAUGAUGGCUGAUUCUCAGUCGCAUGAGACGAAAGAGAUGGAGGUGCUCACCGAAAGAUUUCUGACGAAGUGGGAGCAGCUGAGAUCCCAAAGCAAGCCCUGA